AUGGAGGAAAUGGUACACAACGACCUACGGGUGGAGUGGAUCCGACAAAGAGUAUCCGCUGGCUUCAAUUUGUCAAAAUGUCCCGAAUGUUUCGACGAACUACUGAGUCGUGACGGUGGAGAAGGAAAAAGGAAAAUCAUCCAGUUCCUGGACGUUGUCCCUGAAGACUCACCAACAUAUAUUCUAUUUUACAAAAACAUUAGGGAGAAAGAAAUUGAAAUUAAAGUUCCAAUUGAGUGGGGAGAUGGACGCUGUUCGGAUCCCGACCAAAUGUCCUUGACACUAAGUGAGACAGAGGUUGCCUCUAACCCUGACUGCAUGAAUGAGAAAACCGUCAACUAUAGGACUGAGGUCAAAGUGGUCUAUCACACUGAGCUUCAUGUUGCAGUGAAUGAGCACCAAGAGAGAUUUCUCAAAUCUCGUACCUUGUACUUCAUCAGAGAUACAAAAGAGACAGUUACCAAACCAGUGGACAUGAAUGAGGCCACAAGGAUUAUGUCCAGUCUAUUUGACUUUGGCAUGUAUAGUGGGCAUCCUCUUCAAGUGCUUCAGAACCGCCUGGUCAAUGUUUACAUACCCCUGUUCACUGCCCGCCAGAUGGCUAGUUCUGAGGUAAGCGAUCAAAGCAAGGAAAUCGCCCCCCAGGAACAAAUAAGUAAAGACACUGAAGAGAGAGGUCCAGUGAAGCCAAAGGGACAGAUCUUUCUUCGUGAUGAGUUGCUCAACAGGGCACAUAAGUUUUUGUCACAGGUCAAUGAUGCUCUGCAACAGUUUCAAACUGAAGAAGGGAAAUCAUCACCAAGUUCAAAAUGUGGACUCCAGUCUGAAUUCAGGCUCUUUUAUCUAGAUGAGGCUGCUCUCCACAUCCCUGAGCUGGACCUGGAGCCAGAGGUGGAUGUGCUGAUUUCUAACCCAGAGUUGGUGGAGAAGCUGGAGCAGUGUGUGCGGAACUGGCAGACUCAGAUUACCAUUGUUAUUGAGGAACAGCAAAAGAAAGAGCCACAGGUUGGGGUCCUCUCCUCCACAUGGAGAGGGAGAGAAACAGUGUAG